AUGUUUGCGUCGAAAUCUUCUGUUUAUCGAUAUUGUCAAUGUUGUGCUCGUGGACGACUUGCUUCAUCAUGUCCAUCAUGUUAUUUUUGUGAAUUAUUCUAUGGUUGUCCACUUUAUUGUUGGAUAUUAACUUUUCUUCUUCUUCUUUUACCUAUGCUUGCUCUUUUCGGAUGGCUUCUUUCAGAACAACCAGCCAUUAAUCCUGCUAAACGACAAUAUCUAACAGAACAAUCUUCAAUUGUUCAAAACGAUGUUUAUGCUGUGAUGCAUAAUUGUGCAGUACCGUAUUGUACUAAUGCAUCCCCUGCAACAACAAUUAAUCAAUUAUAUCUUACUUAUCAUGAUUAUUCAGCAACACAAAUAACAUCCAAUGGAAAUGUAUUUCAGACAUUUUCAUUAGUUUUUUUCGGAUUUUUAUAUAUUUUAAUUAAACUAUGUGAAAUAUAA